ACGAUAAAACCCGAGAUGCUUUCCAUUUUUCCCAAACUCUCCAAGCAAUUUCCAUUUCCGCCGCUCCUCCCUCCCCAGUACGCACCAAGCAGCCGGCGAGUACUCCUGCAGCAUCGCCUCCUCCCUGUCCUCCUCAUGGCUGACCCGUCCAACUCCUCCCCCACGGUGGCUGCCACCGGCGACUCCCUCCUCGCGCCGGCCGCGGACGCGCCGGAUGCGGUCCUCCCCGUCGCGGCCCCCGAUCUAGACAAGGAGUUCGGCUUCCAGCGCCCGGAGCUCGGGAAGGAGAAGCUGGCCGGGACCGUGGGCUUCCACGAGCGCCACGUCUUCCUCUGCUUCAAGGGCCCCGAGGAGUGGCCGUCCCAUGUCGAGGCCACCCAGUCCGACAGCCUCCCAGGCCUCCUCGCCGCCGCUCUCAAGGCCCGCAAGCCCAACUUGAAGAAGAGCACCAAACUGACCAUCUGUGAAGGAGAAGAAGGCACCGAAUCAACUCUUGGAGACGUCUUGAUCUUUCCUGAUAUGAUCAGAUAUAGAGGGCUGACCCACUCUGAUGUCGACAACUUUGUUGAAGAAGUACUCGUGAAAGAUGUUGAAUGGGGUCCUGGAUCUCCUGAGGCUAUAAAAGGUUCCUAUGUUUUUGUGUGCUGUCAUGGAAGCAGGGAUAAAAGGUGUGGUGUUUGUGGACCAGUUUUGAUUAAAAGGUUCAAGGAAGAUAUAGAAGGACAAGGUCUUGAUGGUCAGGUGGCUGUUAGUGCAUGCUCGCAUGUCGGAGGCCAUAAGUAUGCAGGAAAUGUCAUCAUAUUCAGUUCAGAUGCCAAGGGAGAAGUGACUGGUCACUGGUAUGGUUAUGUUGCUCCUGAUGAUGUGCCAGUGUUGCUGAAUAAGCAUAUUGGACAGGGAGAGAUCGUAGAUCAUCUAUGGAGGGGUCAGUUGGGUUUGUCUGAAGAACAGCAGAAGGAAGCUCUGGAGCUUAGGCACAUGACUAAUGGCGUGACUGAGGAAGAAUCACGUGCCAAAGAGUCCCCUGAAGCAAAUGGAACUGCCGGUGCUGCCUGCAACCCUGCAGCUGGAGUUGGAUGCUGCCAGGGCAACGGAAGCUUUACCUGCUGCCAAAGUGAUGUUCCAGAGGAAAAACAGGACAAAGGCAUUCCAGAUGAGCAGAACCACAAGAGCGCUAAGGCAGAGAAUGACAAAGAAAGCGUUGCCGGAAGCAAGAAGGGGCACAUGAAGAUUUGCCAGAUGCCGAGCUGGUUGGAGACCUGGGAGAGGGCUGACACCUAUGCCACUCUUGGCGUUGUUGCAGCAGCUGCAUCGGUGUUCAUCGCUUUCAGGUUCUACAAGAGCAUGAACUGAAGUCCACCAAGGAAUCCUUAAAACAAGACCAGGUUUUGUGCACCAAGGACAGUCUACCUUUGUAAAACAGUCUGAUUUGAGAAUAAUACAGCACCUGUGCAUAGUAAUGCAAUGGUUAGAACUUUAAAAGUAGCUGAUCUGGAGACGACGAUGAAAAUCUGUUAUGCUUAAUGUGCUCGUUGAAACUCCUGAGUUCGUGGUUUUCCAUGCCUUGGAUGUUUGUAUCCGUUUGUAAGGCGAUGACCCUGGUGUUCUGCAUGACGAUGUUAUGCUUGUUUGGUUGGAAUUGGGAUGGUCUGGAGCAUGUGGCGUUUAAAGAAA